AUGCAACCUAACCCUAAGAAAGUCCGUCAAGGUCAUCGCAAGUCCCGUAAUGGAUGCGCUACUUGCAAGAAGCGUCACAUAAAGUGUGAUGAAAAGCGACCAGAAUGUGGUAACUGCUCCAUUUCUGAGAGGACAUGCCACUACGAACCGCCGCGGAAACGGAAAACUGGCUCUUCUCCGUACGAAACAGAACUUACAACGUCAUCUGCUUUCCCAGCAGCCAGUGUAUUUGAAGACUUGCCAGUUCCCUCACCACCAGACUUACAUGAGAUCGAGUCCGAUGACCUCUUUACCUUUGGCAAUUUGAAUCUGCUCUACCAUGUUCAAACGAAUAUGGCUGACUGGAUGAUGGUGACGGACCGGCUUCAGCCACUCGCCAACGGCUACAUACCCACGGCAUUAAAAACACCCUAUCUAAUGAAUCAGCUUCUCGCUUUAUCUGCGAUGUACCUCAGGACUAUCGACCAACACGCGGCCGAGUCUUAUACGAACACCGCGACACACCUCCGCCAUCGAGCUCUCCGUGGUUUCAACAAGUGUCUCGACGAUACAUCCGAAUCAAACUCAACAGCUCAAUUCUUCUUCGCCUCCCUCUUAGCACUGCACUAUCUCGCAGAGACUGUGGCAGGUCUAGCUGACCAAGACUUUGCCACAACUCUCGACUGCACGGUGAAUUAUUUCAGACUUCAUCGUGGAGCUAGAGUCAUGGGUGAGAGAGCGAGCACAAGCUUUGUGAGCUCCAAGGUAUCUCAAUGGAUGAUGCAUGCAUGGAAAGAAGAAUUCAAUGACUCUUAUGUCGCUUCAGCGGAUUAUGCAUUACUGGCUUCAAUGCUCGAAACAUCUGAACUCAACGAAGAAUCUAGAAAAACCUGUGAGGAGGCGACUGAGGCUCUGGGGUUUGUGAUGCGUCGUAUUCAAGGGCUCAACAGCUGGGGAGUACAUGGCUUGAUGGCUUGGUCGAACUUGAUCCCGUGGCGAUUUUUGAUGCUUUUGGAGAAGCAAAUUCCCGAGGCUCUGGUCAUUCUAGCUCAUUAUGCGGUUUUGCUGCACCGGUUUCGUGCUUUUUGGUGUCUGGGUGACAUCGGAAAACGUUUGGUAGAGGGUAUCUCGGACCUUUUAGCUGCGUAUUGGCAGAGUUGGCUUCCCAAACUGGAAACAGGUGAUGUACAACAGUUGAUAGAAUGGCCAUAG